AUGGCAAUGGCCGAAGUGGAUAAUGGUUGGAAAUUCGCCCAAUGCUUUGGUGACAAAGGUGAAGUCGAAGACAUUACAGAAGAUUCGGUGCUUUUGCCUGGGCAGACAGCACGGCAAAGGCUUGUUCUUGGCCAAUAUCGUGUUCCAGUGCCAGAUACUGACAUUAUUUCAACGGUGGAAUUUGACCAUACUGGUGAUUACCUAGCUACUGGUGACAAGGGAGGCAGAGUUGUAUUAUUUGAACGUAAUGAUGGGAAAAAAGGCUGCGAAUACAAAUUCUAUACGGAAUUUCAAUCACAUGAGCCUGAAUUUGAUUAUCUAAAGAGUUUGGAAAUUGAAGAGAAAAUUAAUAAAAUCAAAUGGUGUAAGCGACAGAAUGCAGCACAUUUCUUGUUAUCAACCAAUGACAAGACUAUCAAACUUUGGAAAGUAUUUGAGAAAUCCUUAAAAGUAGUGGCAGAAAAUAAUCUGAGUGAUGGUUUGCGACCUUCAAAUGGCCAACUUUCGAAUUUAAAAUUGCCAAAGCUUACUCACCAUGACACCAUCAUUGCCGCAGUCCCACGGAAAGUGUAUGCUAAUGCUCAUGCAUACCAUAUCAAUUCUAUAUCCAUUAAUUCUGAUGGAGAGACUUAUAUAUCUGCUGACGAUUUAAGAAUUAAUUUAUGGAAUUUGAAUAUCAGCGACCAGAGUUUUAAUAUCGUUGAUAUUAAGCCAGUAAAUAUGGAAGAACUGACAGAAGUAAUUACAGCCGCGGAAUUUCACCCGGUUCACUGUAAUCUUUUCAUGUAUAGCAGCAGUAAAGGGACGAUAAAAUUAAGUGAUAUGCGAGCAGCAGCUCUUUGUGAUCAACACGCAAAGCUGUUUGAAGAACAAGAGGAUCCAGCCAAUAAGUCCUUCUUUUCCGAAAUUAUUUCAUCUAUUUCUGAUGUAAAAUUCAGUAAGGAUGGACGAUAUAUACUCUCACGAGAUUAUUUAACACUUAAAAUUUGGGAUAUCGCAAUGGAAAAUCGACCUCUGAAAACAAUUAAUAUACACGAUCAUUUAAGAAAUAAAUUGUGUGAUCUUUAUGAGAACGAUUGCAUUUUUGACAAGUUCGAAUGUACUUUCAGUGGAGAUGGCCAAAAUGUCUUAACGGGGUCAUACAACAAUUAUUUCCACAUCUAUGAUCGUGAUGGACUUACUGACAUUGCCCUACAAGCUGAUAAGAGCGCAUUCAAGGCUAAACGAGUAGGAUCAACAAAGAAUAAGAUGCUUUCCCGUAAAAGUAUGAAGAAGGAGGAGAUUAAUGUAGAUGCAAUUGAUUUCAAUAAGAAGAUCCUUCAUGCAUCGUGGCAUCCAAAUGAGAAUUCAAUUGCGGUUGCCGCGACCAAUAAUCUUUUCAUAUUUACGUGCGUAUAA